GGAGGUUCAGAGGACUUUGACUUGCUACGAAACCUAGUGCUCAGCAAUGUCUUGCAUUGUACUGUGGCAUCCUGUAAACGAUUAUGGCUUUUCUGAUGCUGAAGUGCCACAAUUUUCAGACUCAAAGAGACUCUCUUCAUCUCUGGGAGAUUUGACUGGGGACAAACCUAGGCAUUCUCAAGGCAUUGGAGUUCAUCUUGGGUCCUACAUAAUAACAUCAAGAAAAAAAAUGAAGGCCCGUGCCCCCUCGCCACCAAGCCAACCCCCUGCUCCUAAACCUCUGGCGAAGCAGAACUCCUUUUCCGACUCAGAAGGAACUGGGAACCAAAGUUCAGAAGACUUUAAGGAUAAUAUUUUGAAUAGGAAGGUUGACCUCCGCAUAUGUCUUCCUGAUGGCCAAGAAAGAUUGGAAACUGUAGAUGGAAGUAAAGCAGUCAUGGACCUCUUGGUGGAUUUGUGCAGCCAGUAUCAUCUAAACCCAGCUUAUUACACAUUAGAGGUGAGACCUGGAGCAUCCAAACACAUGUUAAAGCCAAACACAUCGAUUGGGACCUUAGACAUACAAACACUGUGUCUGAAAGAGAAAGUUCCAGACGUAAAAGUAAGAAAACCUCCACCAAGGAUUCCUGAGAAAACUGUGAGGCUUGUUGUGAAUUUCCUUGGUACCCAGAAAGCUGUAGUGAGAGUAAAUCCUAAUGUUCCCUUGAAGAGCAUUCUACCAGCUGUAUGCGAGAAGUGUGAAUUUACUUAUGAAGAUGUUAUUCUGCUGAGAGAUGUAAUUACCAAGGAGGAGCUGGAUAUGUCCAAGUCACUAAACGACCUGUGUUUAAAGGAGCUGUAUGUAUGGAACUGCAAACAAGAAAAGAGAGGGAAUCUUCCCACUAGCAAUGACACUGUUGAAAAAGAAAAAAAAGGAAUUCUGGGAUUUUUCCGUAGUCAUAAAAAAAACAUUAAGCUGGUUAACUCGGAACUCAGCAGGGACUGGGAAACCCCUCAGAACAGUCUUUUUGAAGAGCCACUUGUCUCAGACGCAAGGAACCCUGGAUCCAUCCUGGGCUGUCUGUCCACGUUCUCGCAAACACCGCAGAAUGAAGGGCAUAUAAGAGCAAUGGAUAGUGAUGACUAUGAAGAUGUUUUAAAAAGUAAAAUUGCAGGGGAAAGUACUUGGGAGGAAGUUUCAACAACACCAAGUUCACCUUCUGUGAAGUCACCUCCUGUAGCACUGGGCACCUCACUUUCUCUUAGUAACAUUUGUGGGAUUGAUGCUUUGCCAGAGGUAAAAAAGCGUCGGGCCCCUCCCCCUCCAAGAGUGGCUUCUCAAGAGACAAUUAUUGCAAAAUCCCUUGAAGAGAAGGAAGAAGACCAGCUUUAUGCCGUUGUCCAAAGGGAUCAGCAAAAAAAAAAACGGAGAGCGCCUCCACCGCCAAUUCCCCAGAGGCCCAACGACACUAAUGAAGAAAGAAAGAACGGGAAAAGUACUAGUGGUAAUGGACGACAGGUGCCACAAAAGCCACCAAGAGGCAUCACACGAAGCCCACCCCAGUUAAUUAUUCCCCCACCCCCACCCUACCCUCCACCUGACAAUGGUAUUAUGGACCCACCUGUCUUUGCAAAUGGAGCAGUCAUAACUGGACCUAACAAGCAUGCACCAGUACCUGCAAAACGUGAUAAAAGUUUAAUACACUUAAGAAGAGUUUCUUCUGAUGAAGCUUUACUAGUGGACUCUGGUGAGGCUGAUGAAAAUCAAUCAGGGGAUAGAUACACAGAGGAGUUAAGCAAGGCUAAUCCUGCACCAAAUACCAUUUCUCUUGAUCUGCACAAUGAUGAACCAAAAAGCAAAGCUGAAGUCACAACUAAGGAGGGUGCCUUGAAACCUAACAUGAACAUAGUCUACAUGGAGCCCAUCAGACCUGAGUUUUUUAGUGAUGAGAAGCUGGAAGGUCAACAAACAAGCACAAGUGGAAAUGAAUGUGAUGUGGCAUCAGUCAAAAAUGGCGAUGAAGAUGUUUAUAUUGCUUCUCAGUUCCAGCACACGUUUGUAGAAUUGGAUGAAGAUUCUGAAGAUGGAGAGGAUUCAGCUAUUCAUUUCAGUAGUUAUGUGGAUUCUUGCCCAAGUCCAAACAAUAAACAUGGCAAAAGUAAUGACAUUAAUAAUAGAACAGAUAUUGUGAUUGAUGUUCCUGUGACAAUAAUAGAUGAGGUUCCUGAUAUUAAUAAUUAUUAUUUGGAAAAUAAUACUGACAAAACCAUUGCUGUAGAAGUGUGCAAUUUGCAACAAACAAGUGGUCUCAAAAAAGUCAAUAGCAAAACCAUAGACAACUAUGGUAAUAGCAAUGUUGCGUCAAUUUCACCUGCAGUGGAAACCCAUGGUUCUAAAGAGCAUGAAGAUACCUUCCUGCCUGCAACAUACAGACUUGACCACAAUGCCACAGUGCAUGUGCCCGAAAAUGUUAACAUAAUCAAAGAUGCAAAGCCUACAUUUUCAUCGCCCCCCAUCAUACCAUCAAAAGAAAUACAAAAAAUGAAGGAAAGAGCUGAUAUAGUUAAUGAAAAAAAAGAGACAGGGAAAAUCAAAAUCAUGACAGAAGAAACACUGCCUGUGGAAUAUCAUGGUAGUAAGGCCCUAGAAUAUCCUAAAGCACCUUUAUGGAGACAACACACAUUGGAACCAAAGGUGGGAAUGACAACCUUUACUGUAUUUCCCCCCAAACCAGAUUUAAAAAAGUAUGACAGGGGAGCUUCCAUUUCAGCCAGUGCAAUUAAGAUAGAUGAUUUUGGAAAUUUAGUCACCCCACAGUCUUCAAUGGAAAAGAAAGAAAUGUUAAGUAAUGAAACAGAGGGUCCUCUUGUUGAGAGAGCUAAAGAAUUUUGGAGAUCAAAUUCUAUCGAUAAACCGGCAGGAGAAUCCAAAGAGCAACCUGCCAAAAAAGCAGUACCUCUCAAGAGUCGUAAGGAAAAUUAUAACGAACCAAAGAACAAACUAUGUUCUAUACCACCAAAAAGAUUAACACAACAGACAUUUAAUGACACUUUAGAUUGCAGAACAAAUGUACUACAGCAAACCAAAUCAGUGCAACCAACAGCAGUUUCUCAACAGAAGGUUAUAAUUAUAGAGAAUACAAACAAGAUGAGAACAGACCUACCAUUUCUGAAACCUAUCAAGAGGACAUCAAGCCAAUAUGUUGCAUCUGCCAUUUGCAAGUAUACAGAACCUUUAAUAGGGAAAUCUCUUGAACCUGCAGAUGCUAGACAGGAAAGAGGUAGUGAUAAUAAGAACCCUUCCUCAAGAAAUAAUAGCAUUGUAGAGGAUCAGAAGGUUCAGGGCAGUAGUGCAAACAAGCAAAGAACUAGUACAGAGAAGGAAAAAGUAUUACGUGAUAAUAGUCUCUUAGAGACUCAAAUAAAUUCAAAAGUGGAACCAACAAAGAAAUGUAAUUCUAACUACCAAUUGCAGGUUAAUGGUAAAAUUGAUCAUAUCUCUUCUGGGGAUCAUGUCCCUGUAGAAUCACAAAGCACAGAGGGAAAGAAAUCCCUCACUAUACCAAUAUUGGAAAAAGAACAUAAAAAGCUUAAUAGUGUAUUUUCUUCGAGCGACUCCCGAGCCCAGCUAACAUUUAGAUCACCAUCAAAUGCCUUCCUAGAAGCUGUAAGGGAAAAGUCAGCAAAAAAUGAGCAACUCCAUUCAUAUGGUUUGAACAAAGACCCAAUAGUUUCUGUACCCAUUACAGAAAAGGAAAAAAAAUCAGAUACCAUACUUUCUACUAUAACAGAUGAACCAGACAGUGCUGGCAACAGUAAUAUCUUUGGACCAAAAGCAAAGAUCCGACCAGUGGUUCAGAAACCUUUACAGAAAGAUACAUCACUACAUAGUGCUCUUAUGGAUUCAAUUCAAAAUGGCGAAGGAAAACAGAAGCUCCGAAAAAUUCAGGUAAAAUUCGGCCGAUAAAAGAAAUUUGUUGAACCAGAUAAUGAGCAAUCUGCACUUCUUUCUGCAAUUCGAGCUCAUAAUGGACCUUCCAGACUGAAAAAAGUAUCAUCUGCUGCUUCUGAUGAACUUCAAACUAUAAGGAAUGUAGAAUUAUCAAGGAUUAAUAAAGAGUCUGAAUUAUUAGCAAUUCCUCCACCACCAGUUUUGCCUCCACCUCCUGUGAUAAAAUCCACACCCAAAGCCUUAACAAUCAUUACAAACCACUCUAUAGAUACCAGAGAGGCGUUAAUGGAAGCAAUCCGUUCUGGCACUGGUGCUUCCAGGUUGAGAAAGGUGUCUGCUUCAGUGCAUACAUUGCAAGAGAAAACUUACUGAAGAAUACGAGAUUUACGAUAGUCUUGAAAGGCCCAGAACAGGAGAAGUCCUUCUGAUUGUCUUGUCGACUGGCCAAUUUUAUUUUUGUACCUAAUUUUUUAUGUUGCAAAGUAAUGGUUUAAAAGGGAAAAUAAUAUAUUUCAAUGUUGCAUGAUGUAUGUGCCAAGGAAAUUGUGUUUUGCUUCUAAAUGCAUUCAUAGAUUGCCAAUAAAAUAUUCUUGUUGGCA